UAAUAAUAUAUAAUUUAUGAUUGAAAAAAUAUUAAAAAUAAACCAAUCACUAUAGAGUAUUCACAUAUAUUAUUGUUAUAAUAGGAAAUAACUGUAUCUGUGAUACAAGUGUACUUUACCUAUAAUAUAUGUCUAUACUGUCUAUAGUCUACACUAAAAGACAUUCGCUUUUUCGUCUAUAAUAUUUAUAUAAUUCGUAUGUGUAUUAGAACCAUAUCGUAUGGUAAAUAUUUAAUAAAUAUCGAACGAUAUAAUAUAUUAUGAGUACCUAUGUCUGCAAUGACGAUAGAAUUUAUACAUAUUAUGUAUUAUUAUUAUAUGAUAUCCGCAUACCGCAAUCGCUACGAGAGCUGAAGAUAAUACGCAAGCGCGCCCUGCUUUAAUAUUAUAAUAUAAUAGAAUCGUCCUCGUCCGUAUUUAUUUGUGUUAUAUAUCAAUAUAUUAUAAAAUCAUUUUUGAAGUAUCAGACAUACCAAUAAAUGCGCCGUAGGUUCCAUUAUUAAUAUAUACCUAGGUAUUAUAUAAAUAUUAAAUUAUAUUACGCGGUGGAGGAUCAUCUAUAAAUCCACGAUCUCGCGUGUCGAACUCUGUCGGCCGUUUAAAAAACUUUCAUCUCCGUCCAUACUCGCCAGUAUCUACAUUAUUUUAACUUACUUGUAAUAAUAAUACAGGUACACCUGCUCAUGUGUAUAAUGAUACUGCUGCAAUACAAUAUAAAAUAUUGUCUACCUAUACACUAACACUAUGCUCUACUUCGAGAAAGUCUAAUUUGUACAUCUUCGAUAAAUUUUGAAAAUGUUCGAUUUAUCUAUACGGUUGCAGUUUUAUUUAUAUUUACAUUUAAUACGUUUAUGUACAGGAGUGCAGUGUUUUUCGGUUUGAUAGUUAAUACUAAAUAAUAUAAGUACCAUAAAUUUAUUAACGUAAGUGCUAGUGAGUUUUUCAAAACGGUGUUGCGGAAGUGCGAAUUUACUUUCCAUUAAAAAAAAAAAAACAAUUUUUAUAUUUAAGUAUGUCGAAACGCAAAUUAAAAAUUUUAACGAUCGCUGAAAAAGUAAACGUUAUUAAUAUGGUUGAACAGAGCGGGAAAAAAAAUUAUGAAGUAGCAAACGCAUUUGGCAUACCGAAUUCUACGUUAUCGACUAUUUUAAAAAAUAAAACGAAAAUUAUAUCAAAUUUCAAAUUGCAACCAAGCCGAAAGAAAAUUAAACUUUCUGAGUUUCCGAAUCUGGAUUCUAGUUUAUUCAAAUGGUAUAUUCAGUGUAAGGAUAGUAACCUGCCCAUAAGUGGACGUAUAUUAAAAGAAAAGGCUAAUAUAUUUGCAAAGUCACUAGGGUACACGAAUUUCAAAAGUAGCACCGGAUGGCUAGAUAAAUGGAAAAAACGAAAUAAUAUUACAUUACGAAAACCUUGCUGCAGUUUCAACAUUUCAGUCAGUAAAGAUCAACUCAUUAUGAAUCAAUGGAAAAAUGAUAUUUUAACUAUUAUCAACGAAUAUUCACCUAACGACAUUUUCAACGCAGAUGAAACAGGAAUAUUUUAUAGAUGUCUACCGGAUAGCACUCAAAAGUUAUAUUAUGGUGGAGUCGAUUGCCGUGAUGGCAAGCUAAGUAAAGAACGUAUUACGGUACUUUUGUGUACAAAUAUGAGUGGUACCGAAAAAGUUAAACCAUUAUUAAUUGGAAAGUUUACUAAACCAAGAUGUUUCAAAGGAAUUAAAUCAUUACCAAUAGACUAUGAAUCAAACUCAAAAUCAUGGAUGACAGCUUUAUUGUGGAAUAAAUGGCUUAAACAAUUUGAUAAAAAAUUAUUCAUGGAAAAUCGUAAAAUCAUAUUGUUUAUUGAUAAUUGUACGGCUCAUGUCAUCGUCCCAAAUUUAAAAGCGAUUACUAUCAAGUUUUUGCCAAACACCGUGACUUCAAAACUCCAACCACUUGAUCACGGUAUAAUCCAAAAUUUCAAAAGUUUUUAUAGAAAAGAAGUGAUACGUAAGAUAACUUCACAUAUUGAACUUCAACACACUAUUUCAAUUAAUUUGUUACAAGCUAUACGAAUAAUCGACAAAUCAUGGAGACAAGUUACGUCAGAAAUAAUAUCAAAUAGUUUUAAAAAAGCGGGUUUUCAAUAUCCGGGAACAGUGGGAACACAUUUAGUUCAAAAAACAUCUUGUAAUCAAGAACCAUAUCAAGAAAAAAAUGAUCCUGAAUGGUCUUAUAUUGUACAAAAGUACAAUUUAAUGCCAGAAUUUACGUUUAACAGUUAUGUAAAAAUUGAUGAAAAUCUAACAGUAUGUAGCAGUUUGAAUGAUUCUGAAGUUGCGGAAUUAACAAACCAUGUACAUAAAAAUAACGGAGACAAUUAUACAACUUCAAAAAAUGUUUCUUUUAAAGAAGCAACAAAAGCAAUGGCCAUUUUACGUAAUUUUAUUGAAACAACAGAAGGAAUGAAUAAUAUUCAUUUUGAAGCAUUGGGAACUAUAGAAGAUGCCAUGGAUAAAAUAAAACAUACAAAAACGUAUCAAGUAUUUUCACAAAAAAAAAAAAUUCAAAAUUAAUAUAAUGUAACUAUUAUAGGUACUCUAAUAUACAAAUAAUAUUACGCAUUUACGCAGUAUAAAUUAUAAAUUAUUAUUCGUAAAUACAAGAUACUGUACCUAUUUUUCUGAGAAAUAAUAUACAAACAUUUUUUUAUAUUUUCCAGUCAUAUUAAACACUGUAUUUAAGAUAAAGGUACACAUUUGCAUAUUGUUUUAUAAUAGUAGUAUGAUUAACUUUUGACUAGAUAAUAUCAGUUAAAUAAAAGGAAGUGUAAUAUUUUAUUGAAUGUAUAAGAUUUCAAAUACUCGUAUAGGUAAUUAAUUUUCAGAUUCAAGAUAUUAAAAUAUGUUACUAUUAUAUAUGACGUAUAUAUUAUACCUAAUUAGUUUACAUUACUUUUAGAAGUGUAGAAAAUCUGAAAAUGUAAUAUAACUAAAAUGUUAUUAGCUAUUCUACCAAAAAAGAAUAUUUAAUAUCGGUGAUAAGCGCGUACAUAUUUCCGUGGAAAAAAACAUAGUUAUUAUAUAGGUAUAUUAUUAUUGAAUUAAAGUAUUAAAUAUAUUUCUAUUUUCUGUUAUACUUAAAGUAAGACGAAAAUGUAAUCCAAAUAAUAUCAGCAGAUAUAUAGAUACAUUUUUAAAUUUUUAGUUAUUACUAAAGUAG